AUGCCGGUACCGGAUCUGAGACAGCUGGUGAAGCAGGAGCGCCAUGCUAGGAUUUCGCUCGAUAAUAUAGAGGAGUUUCUGUUGUCGUACCAAGAAGAUCGUGAUAGAGUGAGAGUUAGUAUAGAGGUGUUAACCGAUGACCUGGAUGUUGGUGAAGGACCAUCUGGCGACGGCGAAGAGGAUGCUUCGAGACUAUCUGCCAUGGCCGAAGCUCGCCAAAGAGAGAAUGAGGAGAUUUUCAAAGAAUUUGAAAACAAGUAUUUUCGUCUGAAGCAGGCGCUUCUUUCGAAGGUUAGUAUACCUACCGAAGUAGGUGUUGAGCGGAAACCGGAAGUGUCCCAGUCGUCACGGACACGAUUUCCGGAAUUGAAGCUUCCAACGUUCUCUGGAAGAUUGUCGGAAUGGAUUAACUUUCGUGACAAUUUCACUUCUUUGAUUCACGACAACGCCCAACUCAGUACGAUAGAUAAGUUCAACUAUCUGCGUGCUUCCCUGAAGGAUGAGGCUCUUCUUCAGGUAAACCAGAUCCAGGUCACUAGUUCCAACUACACUAUCGCUUGGGGAGUUCUGGAGUCAAAGUUCGAGAAUCACAAACUAAUCGCACAGGAACAUUUGAAAGCACUGUUCGCUGUUGCUCCGAUGAAGGCUGAGAGUUUUCAAGCACUUAAUCAUAUCUUGAUGACGUUCAAGAUAAAUCUUCAACAGUUGGAGAAACUGGGUGAAGACACCGAGCAAUGGAGUACACUGUUAGCUUUCAUGCUAUCCCAGAAGCUGGACGAUGAUACUCUUCGCCAAUGGGAAACGCAUCAUAGCUCCAAGAAUAUUCCAUCGUACAAGGCGAUGGUGGAGUUCCUAGAGAACCAUUGUGCUAUUCUACAAUCAACAUCGUCACGUAAGAGUAGUGAGUUCAAGAAAUCGUACAAAACCCCAGUUGUUCAUGCUGCUGUAUCGACUGGAAGUUGCAUAGUGUGCAAUGGUGGAUCACAUUCCGUGGAACAGUGUACGAGUUUCGGGAAAAUGAAAGUUGUGGACAGAAAAAUGCUUGCCAGGAAACUUGGAUUGUGCCUGAAUUGUUUACAUUCCGGGCAUUUCGUUGCGGAGUGUUCGAGGUCUACAUGUCGUAAAUACGGACAACGUCAUCAUACGAUGCUCCAUCCGUAUGUCAACCUUGCAGGUCAAGGGCAGAAUGUGAAUCAGUCAUCCUCCCAGAAGAACAACAGAGGACCUCAAGCCGCGAACAGUCAGUUUCAGCAAUCGAAUCAGGCCCAAACCCGGAACAACUCUCAACACCUACAGACUACACCAAUCCCAAGUACAUCUUCGCAAAAUGCACGUCCGCCACCUCCCACCAAUCCUUCCACUGUACACCACACUGCUACACCAUCCAAAACACACCACCACUCAAAAACUGCACUACUGUCAACUGCUAUUGUGAAGCUCGGUGAUCGUCACGGAAAUACCGUUCUUGCACGCGCUUUGUUGGACAGUGGGUCUCAAAUAUCUCUAAUAACAGAGAACCUGUCUCAACGUUUAAAUUUCCGUCGACUUCGUGAGAAUUUGCCUGUUAAAGGAGUGGGUGGUUCUCUAUCUGUUGCUAAACAAUCAGUACUAGCAACAAUACUGUCCUGCAACUCUGAGUAUAAGUCUUGCGAGGUACAGUUCUAUGUACUGUCGAAGAUCAGGUCAAGCCUGCCGCAACAGCACAUCGAUACUUCGUCGUGGAAUCUGCCUACAGGAGUUUGCCUGGUGGAUCCGACUUCCAAUGAGCCUGGAGCUAUCAAUGUCAUCUUGGGUGUCACAGUUGCUUACGAUCAGCUGCUAAGUGCACAGCUGAAGCUCUCCAACUCUGGACCGAUUCUAUGUGAUACCGAACUUGGGUGGAUUGUUGCAGGGGAGCUACCUGAAACCGCUUGCGUCAGCUACAGUACAGUAGCUUCAGUAGCUUCAGGACCGAUUCUACGUGAUACCGAACUUGGGUGGAUUGUGGCAGGGAGAGCUACCUGA